UUCGCGAUAGUUGCUCGCUGACAGCAAGCCGGAUAAAGCUAAUAAUUUUUUUCGUUCUUUUCAUUUUAGUGUUCAAUAGAUUUUGUUCGAAAUAAACACGGCAAGUAUGGCAGUAAUUACAGUAAACGUUAGUCAUUUGUGUAUAUUUAGCUUGUUAGCGUUAAGUGUAAUGGCAAAUGUAAUGGAACUGACGCCAUUGUGUGGCACUAUGGAUGGUUUGCCACCAAAAGAUAGCGAUAAAAUUUAUUUCAAAGAUAAAAAUCAACGAAUACGAACGGUCGAAGUGAAUGGAACCACCUAUGCCUGCUAUUCAGAUGGAACAAUGAUCGAGUCAAAUUCAUCGUCUUCGGCUGGAAAUAGCGGCAAAAUGCCUAUUAACGGAACCCAACUCAACGAUCGCAUACGUGAUGAAAAACCAAAUGUGACACAGAAGGACGCAUCAGCCACCAAAUACAUUGCAAACUUGAGCCGAUGCGCCAAAAAAAAUCAAACGUUCUGUACGGAAGAUGCAACCUAUCCGCUGAGCGUUAUUGAAAAACUAUUGCGAAAAAACUUGAAUAAAUAUGCCGACUACUUCGGCUCCGAUGAGUUUUAUUAUGAUGAUAUUACAUUUCGAGUUGAUGACCUUGACGAGGUCACGUUGUGUGAAUCCUAUCAGGAAAUCAUUCAUCCGAUCAGUGGAAAAAAUAGAAACGGUGAAGAAUUGUACAUUUUCAAUACGCCGCAGCACAGACAAGGCGUUCGCGUGUCAAUGUGCCGAGACAAAGGAGCACCAUGCAAAAUGACCGAAAACUUCCCCAAUGGAUAUCGCACCGAAUGCAAACAGCAAUUGGUCUAUCGCGAACUGCUCAGUUUGUCUCCAGAAGGUGUUCCAAUCAAAGACAAAUUCGAAUUUCCAGCGUGUUGCAGUUGUGCUGUUUACAGAGGUGAUUAACACAACCGAGUGAAAAAGAAUCGAUAUUGUGCCCACAAAAAGACUAUCGCGAACUACAAUUCAAAAUAUUUGUGAACUUUUCUACUUCAUUUAAAAAUAAAAUUAAAUUUCAAAACUUUA